GACUAGUAACACAAUUUUGGGGUUUUCCAUACAAGAUAUCUUAAAGAAAAAUUGAGCCAUACAUUUUAAAGAUGGUUUGUAUUAUCAUGAGCUAUAAAAAGGGAAAGCCCAUUCCUGACACCAGGAAGGAGGUGCAAGAGUUGGCUCACAGACUGUCUAGCAGUGAUUUAGCCAUAGAUCCCAUAGCUUGAGCAUCCCUAUUGGCUAGUUCCAAUGAAAGUCCAGAAAAUGGCUGCUGAAUGGGGGCUGGGAAAGUCAGGAACCUGCUCAUUGACUCCUCAGCCAUUAUCCUGUUUACUUAGUAAAUGUUCAAUAAUUAUUUUCCUACCCAAGUUUUUUCUUUUUUAGUAGAACUAGCUUGAACAUUGACAUGGGUUAGUUUAUCCCCUCCCCUUAAUUUUAAUGGUCUGGUUUUAAAUAUUGCUAAAUAACAAACUUCUUUUGACCUUUGAAAACCAUUUUCAGACAAAGUUAGUCAUUUCACUCCCCAGCAGACACGAUUAGAGCCAGAGGUUGAUUGCAUUCCUUAAAUUUCAGACUUCAAUUAAAUCAAAUUAAAUUAAGUAUUUUAGAGAAACAAUUGUAUUGUUUUUUUUUUCUAUUGCCACUUGAAAUAUCUUAUCUGAAAAUCUGUUCCUUGCCAUGUUUUUCUUCUGUAACAUAAACUGUGCCCUGUGAAUUUCUGGGGACUGAAUUUGAAAUUGCUCCUGCCAACUGUCCGUGGCCUGGUGCUUAUCUGAAUGCCUGAAUAUCUCCCCGCUGAAUGAAUUGCGUAUUCUGCCCUGAAUUCACUCUGAUAUAUUGAUUGGCUGGACGAUGUUGGUGCUGCCCACUUGCCGGUUCCAGAAGAGCCACCGAAGGAAAAGAUCCAGGAGUAUAGAGGAUGAUGAGGAGGGCCAUCUGGUGUGUCAAAGUGGAGACGUUCUGAGAGCAAGAUAUGAAAUCGUAGACACUCUGGGUGAAGGUGCCUUUGGCAAAGUUGUAGAGUGCAUUGAUCACGCCAUGGAUGGUGUGCAUGUAGCUGUGAAAAUCGUAAAAAAUGUUGGUCGGUACCGUGAAGCUGCUCGGUCCGAAAUCCAAGUGUUGGAGCACUUGAAUAGCACUGAUCCCAAUAGUGUAUUCCGCUGUGUGCAGAUGCUAGAAUGGUUUGACCAUCACGGCCAUGUGUGCAUUGUGUUCGAGCUGCUGGGGCUUAGCACCUAUGAUUUCAUUAAGGAAAACAGCUUCCUGCCCUUCCAAAUCGACCACAUCCGGCAGAUGGCUUAUCAGAUCUGCCAGUCCAUCAACUUCCUGCACCACAAUAAACUCACGCACACAGAUCUGAAGCCUGAGAAUAUCCUGUUUGUCAAGUCUGACUAUGUUGUCAAGUAUAACUCGAAGAUGAAACGUGAUGAGCGCACGCUCAAGAACACCGACAUCAAGGUGGUGGACUUUGGGAGUGCCACCUACGAUGAUGAGCAUCAUAGCACCCUGGUCUCCACUCGGCACUACCGAGCUCCUGAGGUCAUUCUGGCCCUUGGCUGGUCUCAGCCCUGCGACGUUUGGAGCAUUGGAUGCAUUCUCAUUGAGUACUAUCUCGGAUUCACGGUCUUCCAGACCCACGAUAGUAAGGAGCAUCUGGCCAUGAUGGAGCGAAUAUUGGGACCCAUACCAGCUCACAUGAUUCAGAAAACAAGAAAGCGCAAGUACUUCCACCACAACCAGCUUGACUGGGAUGAGCACAGCUCAGCUGGCCGCUACGUCCGUAGGCGCUGCAAGCCGCUGAAGGAGUUCAUGCUGUGCCACGAUGAGGAACAUGAGAAGUUGUUUGACCUGGUCCGUAGAAUGCUGGAGUAUGACCCCAUGCAGAGGAUCACGUUGGAUGAAGCUCUGCGACACCCUUUCUUUGACUUAUUAAACAAAAGAUGAAACAUUAAAGUGAAAGGUGAAAGCUGUCUGCGUCUCUCCGCAGAGUUCUUAGACAGCCUCAGUCGGUGUCCAAACACUCGUAUUUUUGUAAACAGUAAAUUAUUUUGUACAGGUGCGUGUAAAUAGUGUAUGUUUUGUAUUGAUAGCCUACAUUCUCUUGUUAAUAAGCAAGGAUGGUCUUACUGAUGAGUCUAAAGUGAAGCCUUUUUCUUUGGGAGAUGAACUGCCUUUUUUAAAAGACCUUUGAAACAUCCUGUCUGUGAGAAUUUGGUGAUUGACCUAUCUUGUCUUUUGUACCUGGAAGUCAAUUCUUGAAAAGGGUGUUUUUGUUUUGGAGUAAAAGGAAAUCUUGGCUA